AUGGGUCGCCCAAAGCGCAACGUCCUCGCCGCAGCAGAGGAAUCCCUCAAUCCUCCCGACUCCCUCCAGCCCAACCAGUCCGUCGUCCGAGUCGUCAAGCCAGAGGGCAACAACCUGUACAGGUGUGAGCUUCCCGACAGCAAGACGCUAGUUCUCGAGCUGGCUCAGCGGUUCCGCAACACCAUCUGGGUCCGACGGAGGGGUUUUGUCCUGGCGGAGAUGUACCAGGGUGAUACGCAGGAUGCGCGAGCCGUGGGGGAGAUUGUGAAUAUCGUGAGGGACGAAAAGUUCUGGCGGAAGCAGUCGUACUGGCCCAAAGAGUUCACCCGCCGGGAGAGCGAUUCCGAAGACGAAUCAAACGUUGGCAAGAUGCCGCCCAGCGAUUCCGAAGAUGAUGAGUAG